UUGUUAAGAUGUAACGGGUCCUAUUUAUUACCAUAUAAGACUAAGAUAGUUGAUGUGUUCACAUAUAUACUGAGACUACAGUGUGUACAGGGAUAUGAGAUAGCCGGCAAGUCACUGAUGUAUUUACUACGUGGUCUUACUUUAGUCUUUCCAGUAAAUUAUGCUAGUGUUAGUGGAUCUCUUGACAGACCUGUCACAGAAUAUCUUGCCAUAAGGGAAUGGGCAAAGCCAGGAGAUAUAGACAACCUUGGUCUAGAAUGGCAUGAACCUUGUCAGGAAGAAACAGAUUUUGUACAAGAAUUGUUAGAGAAAUUCUUAGUACCUGAACUUAACACUCUUAAACAAAUAUCAGCUGAGAAUGCCAUACCGAGGGAGGAUUUAUUAAGACGUCUCAACAUUAUAAUGGAAUGUUUGAAUGGUGCAGGUGGUGUGUUACCUAUGUGGCAAGGAAAUCACAUCUCUAUGAUUGAAAGUCAGGUUCCUCUUAAAAGAUUUGGUUGUGCAAAAUCUUGUGGAAGUAACAGAGAGGUAACUGUAUCAGGUGGACAGAAUGUAAGGGUGGUUGUUAUCGAGGCUAUCAGAAAAUUGCUCAGAUAUAUGCUGUCAUGUGCAGAGGAUGAUACAAAAAGUUUUCACAGACUUUUAAGGAUAUAUGAAUCAGUACUGUUUUUCCAUGGUAUACCGGAAGGGGAGUUUGAUGCUAGAUGGAAAAGUUUCCAUGCCGUCAAGAAAGCUUUAGAAGAUAAGCUAAGAGGUGGUAAGAAUCAUCUGCGAGCCAUUCUAGUAGACAGGGUUCUCUUACAACAUCAGAUGAGAUGUCUACAGAAGACAGACAGGUCUUUUACAGCCAGACAUCAGGAAUUGCUUCAAGAUCUAUACACAUUGUCUAUAAGUAGAUACAGUGAGGUUAGAAAAAAAGCCCAGUCUGUGUUGUUUCAACAUUUCCAUAACUAUCCAUAUUCCUACAGAACUCUUGUAGAUCCUUUAGUUAGCAAAGUGCUCAGCCCUGAUACCCCGGAACAUGAAUUUCAGGGAGCCUUGUAUGUGGUACUUGGUAACAAUAAGCGUAACAUAGCAACCAAGCGUAGCUGGGAGAUAAUCAGUAAAGUAUGGCCAGCUAUAACCCAGGCUCAGCAUUCCGAGAAACCUUCCAUACUCAACCUGAUUGAUCAAAUUGUUAGCAAAACUGUCAAAAAUGCAGAAACCACAGAAAUAAAAAUCUUGGUAAAUGAGAGAAGUUUAGCAGCAGCUGGUAAAUUGUUCGAGUCUCAGCACCCACUACCAUCUCAGGGUACUUGUUCUAGUAUAGAAUUACAGGCUGCCAUACAACACGAGUCUAGCACCAAUGAUAAAUGUCAAAAAAUGUAUGUUGACUUAGUAACCAAACUCACUGGCUUAGUCACUGGAGGAAACUUGAGAUGGAAGUUUUGUCAGAUAGGCAUGGAGUUUAUGACAUUACUAAUCAGACAUGAUGCACCAUUACCCACAUGUGCUGUAGAAUUGUUUGUCCAGAAAUGUGUGGAUGAUUCCAUAUAUCUGAGAAAGAUAAGCACCUCUGCCCUAUUAGGCAUUCAAAAGCAACAUAAAAGACCCCACAAGAAGAUAAAGUUUGACCCUACAAAACAAGGAGUUGAUACAGGAGUUACAGCCCCUGGCCACACUCUGUCUCCUGGAGAUAGACCUGAUAACAGGUGGCAUAAAUAUAACUCACAGAAUUUACCUGACACCCAGGACAAGUGGGAAAAACUUGUGGUUAUAGAGAAGACACACUGGGGAUAUUAUACCUGGCCUAAAGAAAUGGAAACAUAUGCUCCACAUAGUGAGCAGCCAAAGUUAAAUAGAAGCACAGAUGAGCUGACAGAGGGGGAGAAAGUUGUGUAUAAUGCCUUCAGCAACAAAGAUUAUGUACAGAAACUUGUAGAUUUCCUUGCACUGGAGGAAAACAAGAACAAAGACAAAUUUAGUCAGAAGAAAAUGACUUUGUUUAAGGGAUUGUUCCGUAACUAUGGUGACUGUUUGUUAGAGAAUUUUAAAGCACAUAUAGAGAGAUUAGUGAGUGAUACCAGUCAUGAUAAACAUGACUCCAGUCAACGAUGUGCCAUGGAAAUACUAGCUGGGAUACUGAGGGGGUCAAAACACUGGCCAUAUCAACAGACUAAAGCAUUAUGGGAUUGGGCUAUACCUUUGAUGAGAACUGCAGUGAAUAAUCUUACUGUGUCAACAGUUUCUGAUUGGUCAACAUUCUUUACUAAUGUCUCUGAGAGUAGAGAUCCUAGGAAGAUAUACUGGUUGUAUGAAAUGUUGAUGGAUAAUCCAUUAAAUGGUGAAGGCGGAUCAUUUGGAGAUGCUGGACGUCUUCUGAUGAUACAGAAUGCCUUGUUACAACAAGAGUGGCGAGUUGGUGACCUUCAUCGUAGAUUAUACACUUACUUAUCUCCCCAUUUCUCAUAUACAUACAAAAAUGUGAGGGAUAGGUUGGGCAGUUUACUAUCAGAUGUGUUCAUACUAGACUAUAAGAUGUUUCCAUGGUCAAUGACUACAUCACCAGCAAGGAAGGAAUUUAUAGAUCAUGUUUUACCACAGUUACAUAAACUUAAAGACCUUAUCAUUGAGGAAGCUCAAAAUCAAAAUGGAGGGUCUGUAGAAGCUAGUACGACUACAGAUAAACAACUAGAGACCAGUGUAGAGAAGAUGGACAUAGACAAUCAAAGUGAGGAAAGUGAAGAGAGGAAAGAACUAAUAAGGCUUUGUAAAACAGUGAUGAAGUGUUUAACAAGUUGUAUAAGCAGGACAUUCAACUCCGCACCUCCAGAAGUCAUUAAAUUACUGCCAGUUAUGUGUACAUUAGAGAGCGAGUCAAAGGACGAAGAGUUGAACACAGAUUGUACAGUGGCUCUAGCAAGUCUGUCUCAGGCAUUGAUACAACCUGAAGUUAUACCUGAUAUACUACAUACUGUCAAAACUGUGACAGGUUUACAAUCUUGGCAUGCAAGGUCUGCCAUUCUAGGAUACAUUCAGGUGAUGGUAUUUUGUAAUUUCUUCACCUUACAAGAUCCUAAACACAAAGAAAACAUCAAAGAAACUGUGAUGCAUCUAAUAUGUGAUGAUAAACUUGAGGUACGGGAAAUGGCUAGUAUAACACUAAGUGGCCUAUUACAGUGUGGGUAUCUGGAGAUGGACCAAGAUUUACUGGACCAUUUUGAGAGACUGAGCAGUACAAAGAUAAGUAAACGUAUAAAGUCAGAGAAUUUACCUGUUGAGAAGCUCUUACAGCGCCACGCUGGAGUUCUGGGUUUAAGCGCUUAUGUACAGGCCUAUCCAUAUGAUGUCCCAGAAUUUAUGCCACAAAUUCUUAUGGAUCUUAGUAACCAUGUUAAUGACCCACAACCUAUACAGAUGACAGUAAAGAAGACCUUGUCAAACUUCCGUCGUACUCACCACGAUAACUGGCAUGAUCAUAAGCUCAUGUUUACAGAUGACCAACUUGUUAUACUAACUGAUCUGUUAGUCUCACCAAAUUACUAUGCUUGAUACCAGUCACACAAUACCUAUAACAUCAAAACCAUAGAAAUAACCUGGAGGAUGGUCAGGCUGGGAGAGAGCAAUGUAUCCUACAACAAUAUUACAUUGGGAAUCUCACAGAUCUCAGAUAUAACUUCAUCUUUCACAUAGUGGUUGUAACAGACGAUGGAUUACAUCAUGUGUGCUAAAUGUAUAUGUUAAAUGAUACGAUUUAUAUCUGUAAUUUGUUGGUAACUUGUAAGAUGAGGGGAAUUAUGAUAAGCUAAACAAAUAAAUGCAUGUUCAAAGGAAAGUACAUUUAUUUACAUGCAUGCUCUUCAGAUCAUGUUUAAUUAAAUGGUUUUGACACAUUAUAAUUUUAAACAAAAAUGUGUAUUUGAAAAUGUAUUUGAAAUAAGUUACCAAUUUAGUAAAGCCAAUGGGUGAAAGUAUAAGUUUAAUUGUUGUUCAACUUAUGAGAAACUUAAAUAGAAAAUAUUGUUAGAUGUAAGAAAUUUAAGCAUUUUACAUGUAUUUGCUAAAAUAUUUGUAUAUUAUCUGUCAGUGUUCUAGAAUUAAAUAUGUACGAUUGUUUGUUGAUUUAUUUACAAAAGUAUAAUAAAUCAUUAUUACUGGUUUAGACAAUAUUUCUGCUAAUGUAGUAAUAUUAAUUAGUAUUAUAUUUCCUGGGAAAUAUAAAAUAAAUUGUUGUUUUUUUAACACAAAAAAUGUGUUUGUUUGCAUAUGUUAUCAUGUACAUAUUCUUUUAUUUGAGUUGGAAGUCCUUAAUAAUGGUUUUUGUUAUACAUAAUUUAUCAUUUGCCAUGAAUAGUUUUCUGUUUUGAAACUUAAAUACAAUUUUGAUUUGUUAUAUAAAACAUGUAACAUUUAAGUUCAAUUUUAUUUGUUAUUAAGAUGAUUCGCAUUGUCAGCCAUGUUUGAUUUCCACUAUGUGUUCCAAAUCGAAAGUAGGCUACUUAGUAAAUUAAAGAUGGCUGACAAUGAGGAAUAAGCUUAAAUAUACCUGUAAAUUUAAACAGUUCUUCCUUUAAAACCAUUAAAUGAUUAAAACUUGAUAAAUUAUGACGACAAAAAAAAUGAAUAUUCAUGUUUGUACCUAUAUUCUAUAUUUGGUGUUUUUUUUUUUUUAAGGAAACUUAAUGUAUCAGUUUCAAAAUAUAUUUUGUACUAAUUUAACACACACCAAUUUAAGAGUGAGGGAGAGAGAGAGUUUAAAAUAUACUAUGCUCAUCCUUGAGUAAAAUAUUUUAAACCACAAAAAUUUAUUAAAAUCUUUGAAAUUCAUACUAAUUUAUGUCUUUUGAAUAAAAGAAUGAAUGAACUAUGUAUGGGAAGCUUCGUUUCCUAUUACAGAUCAAGUAAAGAUUGUAUUUUCUUUAAAACAACAACAACAACAACAAAACUCAUAUUGUGGCCACAUAUAGUGUGUAGGAAUUUAAACAUAACCUGUCUAUAUUGUGAGAAGUCAAAACAUGUUUAUAUUAUUUUUACAAAGAUACUGUGUAGCAAUUAUCAAUAUUUUCUAAUACUAGUAUAGUAAAUAAAAUGUUAAUUAUUGUUAAUUGUUCAAGGGUAUUACGUUGAUUUGAAUAAGAUCUACAUGAUACUGCGUAGCAAUCAAUUCUGAUUAUGACUAGCAGGCUAGAUUGUGAAUGGUAAUGUAAAGGAACAUACAUAUAAACAUAUUGUACUGUUUAAAAAAGUUGAAAAGUUGAUUUUCAUUAAGUCUUUAUUUAUAUUUAUUAUUUUACUGUUUAUAAACCAUACCUAGGUGACUUUGUGUAAUUGACUUACAUUGCUGUGGAUUUUGAAUAGUCCAUUCUGUGUUGAGCAGACGGCAUGUCAAAUAGCACCCAUCUGUCAGUCUGUAUUGGCUCCAUAAUGGGUAAAAUUAUGGGCAUAAAUUAUAAUAAUUACUGUAAGAACUUUUAGGAUUAUAGGGAUUCGCAUUAAAGGGAAUUUUUGUUUGACUCAACAUUAUUUUAGAUUUUCGUAUUUCUUUGCCGUUAUUUCAUGAGAAAACUAGGCAAGUGUUUAUUUGUAGAUUUGAUUUUAAAUCGUAUAUUUUCCAUUUUAUUUAGUUAGAAUAUUUUGCAAAUUUCUUGGUUCUUUGCAUAAUUAUAUUGUACAAAUAUUCUGAAAUAAAGAGAGAAAAUAAUACAGAA